AUGUUUCACCAGCUGAACCCGCAUGCGUCGCCGCAAAGCUUCCAUGGAUGCAACGCGGGCGGUUUGCCCAUGGCCGACUCGAUCUUCUUCAACCCGGAAACGGCGCAAGAGAUCUGCCCCGGUAUAUGGCUAGGGCCAUAUACCUCGCUCAACAACGGUGGUCUGCGCGCCGCACCGGAGCCGAGCUUUAUAGCGCGCAACAAGGUCAAGAUGAUCAUCAACUGCGGGUCGACCUUGAAAUUCUUGGACAAAGUCGCCCACGACCCGCACGUGACCAUCUCCUCCGAGGUGAUUAUCCUCAGCUUGGACCCCGCGGUCCACCACCAGCGGGAACGCAUUGGCGAAUUCACCGACAAGUUCAACCGCAUCUUGCAGAACUACUUGUCCUCGUUCUACACCAACAACGCCAAUGCCGCCAAGUUGGUCCACCGAUUGCCCCAGUCGCACACCCUCAACACCAUCACGUCGCCGCUUUUCAGCGGUUCGAAUUUGAAGAUUCAGUUUUUCAAAGUUGUGCGCUUGAUCAGCCUCUUUAGAACCAUCUUCAACCAGGAUUUGCAGAUUUUGAUUGUUUCCGAAACCGGCAAUUUGAACUUGUCCACGGGGCUAUGUGUUGCCUAUCUUAUGGACCACUACAAGUACAACUUGGCCAAUUGCUUCAGGUUGUUGCGCUCAAAGAGACCCACCGUGGGCGAAUUGAAGCUGAACUACUAUGACGACUUGUUGAUUAUCGAGAGUUUGAAAAAGUUUUACCUGGAAAAUUGCGAGAUUAAGGACCAGAAUCCGGGACUAUUGGUGAGCCAUUUCAAAAGAGGCAAGUGCGAUGACGAUGACGAUGGCGAUGGCGAUGGCGAUAGCAUGAUGGAUGAGAUUAUGGUUGGUGGGGAUAGAAAACGGAAAUUGAGGUAG